AAAUGAUCCAUUUUUUAAAAAACCCUAAGAAGAAAACCCUAGGUUUAUAAACAGUUUUUUGGUGCCCUAGUUCCGUCACUUCUCAGAGACCUAAAGUUAUUUCGCAUCCUCUGCAAUGACGAAGGGAACGGGGAGUUUCGGAAAGAGGAGGAACAAGAGUCACACUCUCUGUGUGAGAUGUGGCCGCCGCAGUUUCCACAUCCAGAAGAGCCGUUGCUCCGCCUGUGCUUACCCCGCCGCUCGCAAGAGAACCUAUAACUGGAGUGUGAAGGCCAUCCGUAGAAAGACUACAGGAACAGGAAGGAUGAGGUAUCUCCGCAAUGUGCCUCGCAGGUUCAAGACCGGUUUCAGAGAAGGUACGGAAGCCAAGCCAAGGAACAAGGGAGCGGCUUCAUCAGCUUAAACUGUUGUUUGAGUAUUCGCAGGGAAAAGAGUUAAAACUUAGUUUUUGGCUUCUGAGUUUGUUCGCAGUACUACAACUAUUAUUGAUCAUUUGAUUAGUAAUAUCUUUCGUUGUGUUGUUUACUUGUUAUAAAAAAGUUUUGAACUUGGAUGAAAUUUCUUUUGCCUCUUCAA